CCUCCGGCUAUCUCAGCUCUUUCUCACACACUACUAACUCUGGGUUGAACUCCCGUUACCGCCAACGCCGUUUUAAGGGCGUAUUUCGGUCAGAGAAGGACUGGAUCUACCAAACCGAACUACACAAAUCACCUUCACAGAGGACAGCAGACUUGUUCACCUCACUUACUGCGACACGUGGUCCUUCCACUAUCCCACUGGUUGCGGCCCCUAGAGUGAGGAUCCAGUGAUUUUGGCCUCUAUUGUGAAGAUCUACCCUUCCAACCAUCUGUCUGUCCGUCUGUCCAGCUCUUCUCUCCAUUCCUGCUCUCCCCCUUGUCCCCCUUCAUCCGGCACAGCUCAUGACAUCAGCGCAGUCAACAUGGCAUUCUCAUCACGCUUUUCCUUCUGGGAGCAAAAGGUCAAAGAAGAGGUCAGAGCACCAGGCUCCAAGAUAUCAAAUCAGGGUUCAGACAGCGACAGUGGCAGUAUGAGUAGCCGCUCCCAGUCCGUGCCCAGUCUGGAGCCUAGCAGGGGCCUACUCUGCACCAAAAGCCCUGAGCCAGCCAAGACACAUCCCGUGGUCAGGGUCAGGAGUCCCUCGCCACCCAGGGUACGCGGGGCUGUAAAGGUCCCUGAACGCUUCAAAAGUCUAGUGCCUCCGAUCCAGGCGCCAGCACAGCACUUCAGGAGCCCUGACCCACGCAGAGCUUCCAUAAUUAGCCCCGAGCCUGUGCUGAACGGAAACAGCAAGCCCAACGGAUCCGUUAACGUCAGUGCCGUCAAUGGGAACUCUGCCAAUGGAGGUGCCAGACAGCCAGACCUGGACAACGAUGAUCCGAGCCUUACCCUCAAGAAGGUAGUGAAGGUGGUGUGUCAAGUGGUGCGGAAGGCACUACCUGCAGAAGAGGAGGAUGCUCUAGCUCCUGAGCCUACUAAACAUGCCCCUGAACCUCCUAAAUUGGUACCAUCGCGAGCGCCAACAUCUGUGCCCAAGGUCCCAAAGGUACCACUGUUCUCUUUCAAGCACGAUACCAUCAAGACUGAGGAGAAGGACGAUAUAUCAGCAGGGCUGGCCAGCCUCAUGGUCCGCGGGAGGACCAGGAACCGCCCUCGCACACGCAUGGAUGAGCCGCCUGAAAAAGAACAAGAGGAAGCAGUGAAAAGAGAGAAAAAAGAAGGCCCUAAAUUGGUUGAGAUUAAAUCUAUCUCUAAUGUCGGCCCAGUUUCAAAACAGGAGAAUAAGACUCCUGUGUCGGCUGUACCUGCUAAAGUUCAUCCUAUGGCUUCUAAUUUGAUCGCGGUUCCCUCCAGGUAUUCCCCCGCAGGCUUCAUCCCUGCCCCAAAGCCUUCCCCGCUCUCCCCUCCUGCAGGUUUCACCCCACCACCAAACUCAGCCUCCCUUUCCCCACCUGCUGGGUUUGUACCAGCACCAAAAUCAUACCCCCUUUGCCAACCAAAUGGGUAUGUACCAGCACCAAAAUCAGCCACCCUUUCCCCUCCAGUAGGGUUUGUACCAGCACCAAAAUCAGCCACCCUUUCCCCUCCAGUAGGGUUUGUACCAGCACCAAAAUCUACUGCUCUAAGUCCUUCAGUUUCCACUGCAGCCCCCAAAUCCUCCCCAACAAUUCCCCCAUCAUGCUUCAUCCCACCACCAAAAUGCCACCCCCUUUUCCCUCCAGCAGGGUUUGUACCAUCACCAAAAUCCAAUGCUUUUACUCCUUCAGUUUCCACUGCAGCCCCCAAAUCCUCCCCAGCCAUUCCCACAUCAUGCUUUAUCCCACCACUAAAAUCAGCCCCCAUUUCCCCACCUGCCGGGUUAAUAUCAGCAUCAAAAUAUACCCCCCUUUCCCCACCUGCUGGUUUUAUCCCCUCUUCUAAAUACUCCCCUGUCACUCCCCCUUCAGCAUCCUUUCCCACCUCUAAGUCCUCCCCCAGUACUCCUCCUGCAGGGUUCGUCCCAGUCUCCAAGGUCUCGCCUCUCUCCCCUCCUCCCGCCUUUAUCAUUCCCAAGGCGAGUGCCCUCUCUCCACCACCGGCGUUGAUCCCGCCCCCCAAACUGCCAACCGUGAAGAAGCUUGAGGUGGCAGCCUCUCCCCUGUCCUCUGUUCCCAUUGAGAAGGCUUCACCGCAGAACAAGUCAUCAACCGUUUCAUCAAAGACUACCCCAACCAUAACCCUAAAGGAGGCGCCGCUCAGUCCCACUGAAGAGGCUCAGAGACUCCUGGACAGGAUCUUCAGUGCGCCUCUGGAGCCGGCAGUUUGUGCCUCAGCCCCGACCCUUUGUCCUGCCCCAGCCUCAAACCCCCCUCAGGGACAGGUGGACAAGGAUCCCGUGGCCAUCCUUCAGGUGUCUCACGCCGCUGCCCAACAACCCAAGGUGAAGACAGAGGAGCAGAUAGCCGCAGAGCAGGCAUGGUACGGCUCAGAGAAGGUCUGGCUGGUCCACAAGGAUGGCUUCUCCCUGGCGACGCUGCUGAAGACGGAGGCAGGCUCUCUGCCGGAGGGGAAGGUGAAGAUCAAACUGGAACAUGACGGGACAGUACUGGACGUAGAUGACGAUGACGUGGAGAAGGCGAACCCCCCGUCGUUUGACCGCUCUGAGGACCUGGCCUUGCUGCAGUACCUCAAUGAGUCCAGUGUGAUGCACUCCCUGCGGCAGCGCUACGGGGGAAACCUCAUCCACACACACGCUGGGCCCAACAUGAUCAUCAUCAAUCCCCUCAGCGCUCCCUCCAUGUACUCGGAGAAGGUGAUGCACAUGUUUAAGGGUUGCAGGCGAGAGGACACGGCACCUCACAUCUACGCGGUGGCUCAGUCGGCCUACAGGAACCUGUUGACCACGCGUCAGGACCAGUCCAUCGUGCUGCUGGGGAAGAGCGGCAGUGGCAAGACCACCAACUGUCAACACCUGGUCCAGUACCUGGUCUCCAUCGCUGGCAGCACCGGAAAGAUCUUCUCUGGGGAGAAGUGGCAGGCAGUAUACACCAUCCUGGAAGCAUUUGGGAACAGCUCCACCUCCAUGAACACCAAUGCCAGCCGCUUCUCUCAGAUUGUCUCUCUGGACUUCGACCAGGCUGGCCAGGUGGCCUCCGCAUCCAUACAGACCAUGCUGCUUGAGAAGCUGAGAGUGACCAAAUGGCCGGAGACUGAGUCCACCUUCAACGUGUUCUACUACAUGAUGUCCGGAGCUGACAGCACUCUCAGAACGGAGCUGCACUUUAACCACUUUGCAGAGAACAGCGCCUUCGGAAUUGUGCCUCAGUCUAAACUGGAGGACAAACAGAAGUCGUCUCAGCAGUUCACCAAGCUGCAGGCAGCCAUGAAGGUGCUGGGCAUCUCAGUGGAGGAGCAGAGGGCUCUGUGGCUCAUCCUGGGGACCAUCUACCACCUGGGGGCCGCAGGGGCCACCAAAGAGGCUGACGAAGCUGGCCGUAAGCAGUUUGCCCGUCAUGAGUGGGCCCAGAAGGCUGCCUACCUGCUGGGCUGCACCCUGGAGGAGCUCUCCUCGUCCAUCUUCAAGCACCAGGUCAAGGGUGCCCUGCAGAGGUCCACCUCCUUCCGCGGGGGGCCCGACGAGGCCGGGGCAGGAGACAGCUCAGUCUCUAAGAUCACAGCCCUGGAAUGUCUGGAGGCCAUGGCUUCAGGCCUGUACUCAGAGCUCUUCACCCUCGUUAUCUCCCUCAUUAACAGAGCUCUGAAGUCCAGUCAGCACUCUCUGUGCUCUCUGCUCAUCGUGGACACACCGGGUUUCCAGAACCCUCACAUGGCCAAGCACCAGCGCGGUGCCACCUUCGAGGAGCUGUGCCACAACUACGCCCAGGAGCGCCUGCAGAGCCUGUUCCACGAACGCACCUUUGUACAGGAGCUGGAAAGAUAUAAGGAGGAAAACAUAGAGCUUGCAUUAGAUGACAUAGGGUCCAGUACCUCAAUGUCGGUAGCAGCUAUAGACCAAGCAUCAACCCAAGCGCUGGUGCGCACCCUGGCGAGGACAGAUGAGGCUCGGGGUCUGCUGUGGCUGAUGGAGGAGGAGGCUGUGCAGCCAGGGGGCUCUGAGGCCACUCUGCUGGAGAGACUCUUCAGCUACUACGGCCCCGACCAGGGGGACAACAAGGGACACGCCCUGCUCCUGAAGAGUGACAAACCGCAUCACUUCCUGUUGGGCCACAGCCACGGGACAGACUGGGUGGAGUACGAUGCUCAGGGUUGGCUGAACCACGCCAAGCAGAACCCUGCCUCCCAGAACGCUGCCACUCUGCUGCAGGACUCACAGAAGAAGAACAUCAGCAGUCUGUUCUCUAGUCGUAGUGGAGGGCCCACAGUGCUGUCUGGCUCCAUCGCAGGGCUGGAGGGGGGAUCUCAGCUGGCCCUCCGCAGAGCCACUAGCAUGAGGAAGACCUUCACCACUGGCAUGGCCGCUGUCAAGAAGAAGAGCCUCUGUAUCCAGAUCAAACUGCAAGUGGAUGCUCUGCUGGACACGGUGCGCAGGUCCAGGGUUCACUUUGUCCACUGCCUGCUGCCCAAGGCAGACGCGGUGGGAGUUGGCAUGGAGCCGCGCAUGACCCAUGGAGAGAGCUGCGACUCAGGCCUCAUGCAGCUGGAUGUGGGCCUCCUGAGGGCUCAACUCCGUGGAUAUAAGCUUAUUGACGCCUUGCGCAUCUACAGACAAGGAUACCCUGAUCACAUGGUGUUCUCCGAGUUCAGACGGCGCUUUGACGUGCUGGUGCCCCACCUGACCAAAAAGCACGGAUGCCACUACAUGGUCACAGACGAGAAGAGGGCUGUGGAGGAGCUGUUGGAGUCUCUGGACUUGGAGAACAGCAGUUACCACAUGGGCCUGAGCAGGGUGUUCUUCAGAGCGGGGACCCUGGCUAAACUGGAGGAGCAGAGAGAUGUCCAGACCAGACGCAACAUCACCAUGUUCCAGGCUUCCUGCAGAGGAUACCUGGCCAGACAGGCUUUCAAGAAGAGGAAGAUCCAGGACCUGGCUAUCCGCUGCAUCCAGAAGAACAUCAAGAAGAACAAAGGAGUGAAGGGCUGGCCCUGGUGGAAGGUGUUCACCACAGUACGCCCCCUUAUAGAGGUCCAGCUCACAGAGGAGCAGAUACGUGGCAAAGACGAGGAGAUCCAGCAGCUGAAAGGGAGGCUGGAGAAGGUGGACAAGGAGAGGAAUGAGCUGAGACUCAACAGUGACCGCCUGGAGAGCAGGAUCACAGAGCUGUCGUCGGAGCUGGCAGACGAGAGGAACACAGGAGAGUCGGCCUCUCAGCUGCUGGAGUCUGAGACCUCAGAGAGACUGAGACUGGAGAAAGACAUGAAGGACCUGCAGACUAAGUUUGACUCGAUGAAGAAGUCUAUGGACUCUAUGGAGAUGGAGGUGAUGGAGACCAGACUCCUCAGAGCCUCUGAGCUCAAUGGAGAGAUGGACGAUGACGACACAGGGGGAGAGUGGAGACUGAAGUAUGACAGGGCCAUCAGAGAGAUAGAGUUCACCAAGAAGAGGUUACAGCAGGAGUUUAAUGACAAGCUGGAGGUGGAGCAGCAGAACAAGCGGCAGCUGGAGAGGAGGCUAAGUGACCUUCAGGCAGACAGUGAGGAGGUGCAGCGUACGGCCCAGCAGCUGAAGAAGAAGUGUCAGAGAUUGACGGCUGAGCUACAGGACACCAAGCUACACCUGGAGGGCCAGCAGAGCCGCAACCAUGACCUGGAGAAGAAACAGAGGAAGUUUGACUCGGAGCAGAACCUGUCUCAGGAGGAGGUCCAGAGGGAGAAGAAUCUUAGAGAGAAGCUGAGCAGAGAGAAGGACAUGCUGACUGGAGAAGUGUUCAGCCUGCGACAGCAACUGGAGGGCAAGGACCUGGAGAUGUGUGCACAGAACGUGAAGUUAGAACAGCUGGAGGCGGAGCUGCUGGACCUGUCGUCCCAGGAGACCAAGGACGAGGCAUCACUGUCCAAGGUGAAGAAGACGAUGCGUGACCUGGAGGCCAAGGUCAAAGACCAGGAAGAGGAGCUGGAUGAACAGGCCGGAACUAUACAGAUGCUGGAGCAGGCUAAGCUGCGUCUGGAGAUGGAGACAGAGAGACUGCGCCAGACACACUCCAAGGAGAUUGAGAGUAAAGACGAGGAGGUGGAGGAGAUCAGACAGUCCUGCAGUAAGAAGCUGAAGCAGAUAGAAGUCCAGCUGGAGGAGGAGUUUAAUGACAAACAGAAGGUCCUCCGUGAGAGGAGAGAACUGGAGACCAAGCUGCUGUCUGCCCAGGACCAGGUGAACCCCAGAGACGUGGAGACAGAGAAGAGGCUGAGGAAGGAUCUGAAGCGCACCAAGGCCCUGCUGGCUGACGCCCAGAUCAUGCUGGACCACAUGAAGAACAACGCCCCCAGCAAGAGAGAGAUCGCCCAGCUCAAAAACCAGCUGGAGGAGUCAGAGUUCACCUGUGCGGCAGCAGUGAAGGCCCGUAAGUCUAUGGAGGUGGAGAUUGAGGACUUGCAUGUGCAGAUGGACGACAUCUCCAAAGCCAAACAGGCUCUGGAAGAGCAGUUGAGCAGGCUGCUGAGGGAGAAGAAUGAUCUUCAGUCUCGUAUGGAGGAGGACCAGGAGGAUAUGAACGAGCUCAUGAAGAAGCACAAGUCAGCUGUCGUCCAGUCAACCCAGAACCUAGCCCAGAUCUCUGACCUACAAGCCCAGCUGGAGGAGGCCCUCAAGGAGAAGCAGGAUGUCCAGGAGAAGCUCUCGGCACUGCAGAGCCAGCUGGAGUUCCAGGAGACGUCUAUGGUCGAGAAGUCCCUGGUCAGCAGGCAGGAGGCCAAGAUCCGAGAGAUGGAGACCAAGAUGGAGUUUGAGAAAACACAGGUCAAACGCUUGGAGAGCCUGGUGGCCCGUCUAAAGGAGAACCUUGAGAAGCUAACAGAGGAGCGGGAUCACCGCAGCACCAGCGAGACCCGGGAGAAGGAGCAGAACAAGCGGCUCCAGAGACAGAUCAGAGAUAUCAAGGAGGAGAUGGGAGAGCUGGCCAAGAAGGAGGGAGAGGCCAGCCGCAAGAAACAUGAGCUGGAAAUGGAUAUUGAAAGCUUGGAGGCAGCCAAUCAGAGCCUGCAGGCGGACCUUAAACUAGCCUUCAAGAGGAUUGGUGACCUCCAGGCCGCCAUCGAGGACGAGAUGGAGAGUGACGGCAACGAGGACCUCAUCAGCAGUUUACAAGACAUGGUGACAAAGUAUCAGAAAAGAAGGAACAAAACUGAGGGAAACUCAUCUGACUUGGAGAUUGAAGACUGUGUGGACGGGGUCAAGUCCUGGCUGUCCAAAAACAAGGGAUCUACCAAGAACCUCUCAGAUGACGGCAGCCUCAAGAGCUCCAGUCCUCCUAGCCGAAGACGUUUCUGCUCGGACAAAUCUGAGGAAGAAGAGGAGGAAGAACAAAAAGAAGGUGGUGCGUCUCGAGGGUCCUACCGCUCCAGAUAUACACGCGGCAGCUACCUGAACAACAGUGACAGUGAAGACAAGCCCUCUGAGACAACGUAGUUAACACACACACCAGCCAACACAGGCUGCAUGUUGAGAGGGCCCCAGUGGUGCAUGAUUGGACUCACUGUGCUGUUAUCACACACGUGCACACACUCACAACCACUCUGUUCUUCUAACCCUGCAACAUGGCAAUGAUACUAUGACUGUCAUUAUUAUUCUACUGUUACAAAACAGCUUGCAUUGCUAAGGUCUAGAGAAGGUGCCAUAGUACAUCAAUGUACAGUACACAACACCAAUGGUUUCUCUCACUCCACUCCACUGGGCCAACCCUGUCUUAAUGUAUUUCACCAGUCACAUGUGACUGUGUGUCUCCAUCUUGGAUCUGGCCCCUCCAGUUGAACAGCACCUCCAUUAAUAAUGACUUGUCUUUCUUGUCUCUGCUAGCUGCAUGAGGACAGCUGCUGCUUGGCUGGAGCCAUCGUCUCCUCCUUCCUAGAUGUUAUCAUGAUCAUGGUUGUAACUGAGCCAAGGAACUGUAGCUAUGUUCCCUGAUGUUUUAUCACUGCAUUGGGAGACAAGAAAGGAAAAAAAAACAAGAAAAAAAGAGUGAGAAAAUAAAUACCAAAAAAGCCUUUGUUGCAACUAGGUGUGUACACUGUGUUAUUUCUUAUUUGCUCGUCCUGGUAAAAAAAGACCAGAGUUUAUUUUUGGGAAAAGUGCCGUUGAUAUAAGUAGGGUCCUCUACAGCUGGCACCCACACAGCUGUGCUUAGAUUCUGUCUGCAGUGCCACGCUGCGCCACACCGAACAAAGACGCUUUCAUCGGCUUGUUUUUUAUUACUUGUUUUUGCAGGAUAAUAAUGUUUCCUAACGGGAAGACAACAGAAGAGAGCUGCAGCACCAAACUGCUUGUGAUGAAACUUUAGUCCUUUCUCUUUUUUUUAAAUCUUUUUGUUUUGAUGUUUGAAAUAAAAUUAGAAUUUGUUUUCAAGAGUGCUGCCAUCAAGGACAUGAUUUUCAGGAGGUUUGAGUGUAGUGUAUCCUAUGAAAUGCUUUGUCUCAUUUGAUUUCAACUUGAAUUGAACUAAGUACUUUGCAGAAAUGUUUUUGGGGGAGGGUCUUUGGCUCAGCUGUUUUUUUCUUUCUGUCAUUGUGGUUGUUGUUGUUCUUAUGCUUUUCACUUGUUUUUUCUCUCCAUUUGAUGUGCUUUGCUUUCCAAAGGGAAUGAUAUUCAACACCAUGCUUUAUGGUGGUUUGUCUUUAGUUUAUAUCUCCUUCAACACCCACAUUUGGACCCACACCAUACUGGAUUACACAUGGUGAGGAUUAGGUCUCCUCAAUCAGCAUGUUAAAUCCACCACUCUGUAAACUGGAUGUAAUGCAUUCAAAUCUAUUUGUCAUGUAGGAUUCAUCAGUAUUCUGUCCUGAACCAAUGCUACCCUUUAUAACAGUGCAACAGUUUAACCAGGAAGAUAUUAAAGACCCACGCUUUUACGGUUGCUUGGUGUUACAAUGAACCCUUCGGCUGUCUCUUUAGUAUUUAUGAAUUAGCAUUAAUGAAUUUAGCAGGCCUGCCAAAAUGUGUAUUAUCCAUCUGUACAUGGCAAGUGGGGCCGAAAGGAUUUUGUGGAUACUCUGCGUGAAGGGAUAAGUUUGGUGUGAUUGUAUUACACAUGAUUUUUAAAGACACUCGUCUAUCACAUCCCCUUGUUCUCUAUGCCAGGGCUUCCCAAACUCGGUCCUGCCCCUCCGCCGGGUGCAUGUAUUGGUGUUUGCCCUAGCACUACACAGCGGAUUGAGCUAAUCAAAGCUUGAUGAUGAGUUGGUGAUUUGAAUCCACUGUGUAGUGCAGGGGAAACACUAAACCAGGACCGCGUGUGGGAAACCCUGCUCUAUGCAGUCAACGUGACUUUUAAAAGGAAUUUUCUGUUUUAUGAUGUCGUUAUAUGAUACUCUUAAACCUGAGUCAUCAUAAAACACCUGGGGGGAAAAUGAAAACAAAGAAAUUAGUGAACAUAACAUUGCUGACUGUACACAUUAAUAUUUAUAUUUAUAUAUAUAUAUAUAUAAAUAUCUGUAUUGAUUCAUACUAGCUUUCAAAAUAGUUAAUGUUUAUUUUCGUUAUUGAACAAAAUGACCACUUGUAAUAAUUUUGCAUUACAGUUUAAUAUAUUGUAAAUAAAUGAUGACUCCAGACUGUAA